CGUCCGCGUUCGUUUCGGUGGCCUCGAAUCGAACGAUACUUCGCCGCGUGGGCGGACAAAGCAUUCGCGGUCGCCGACGACUUUUACCGGGGAAGAAAAGAGCGGACAGCGCGUGCCUGCGCGACAGAGGGGGGAAGGGGAGGAGAUGAGCUCCUACUCGUCGGCGUCGGCCGUGCCGCCGGAGGACGAUGUCUGCUCAGUCUGCCACGACCGCUUCCGGAUCCCAUGCCAGGCCAACUGCUCCCAUUGGUUCUGUGGAGAGUGCAUCAUCCGUGUUUGGCAUCAUGGGCCUGCUGUACAGGCUUGCAAGUGUCCCAUUUGUCGCCGCCUUAUAAAUCUGCUGGUACCUGCUACUUUGUCAGAGCAGGAGGAGGAUGAUACACAAGUUCACCAUGUUUUAGGAGAGAUUCAGCACUAUAACCACAUAUUUGGUGGAGCACCACGCAGCCUGACUCAGAGGUUGCAAGACCUACCCUUCUUCAUCCGAAGACUAUUCAGAGAACUACUGGAUCCCCAGCGGACUCUCCCACUUGUAUUCAGGGCGAGGAUGAUGAUGAUGGUUGCAUUAAGUGCAAUUUAUGUCCUGAGCCCCGUGGACUUUCUUCCUGAAAGUGUGUGGGGGCUAGUUGGAUUUGUCGAUGACCUGCUCAUUUUGCUAGUUGUGUUCCUCCACCUCGCUGCGGUUUACCGGUCGCUGCUCCUGUACCGCCAUGGGGGGCAGUAGAAGCUGCUGUGCAUCAUCAUUUGCUUAGCCGGGUUCCACGUGGAGGUCUCGAGGCAGCAGAUUUGGAAGAUUGCUAUGUAGAUAACGAUAUGAAGGACCGGCGUCUUGCCUUGUUUUGUAUUCUGCUACGCCUGUUUCUUUAGAUUCUGGCACGGUUAACUUGUGUUCAUGAAAUUGGAUUCAGGAUUCUGUUCCUUUAUUCGGCUUACUUAUACAUGGGUUACAUUUGCA